UCAUCAAUUUACAUGUGCUAAUGGCCGAUGUAUACCAGCAUCAUAUGAAUGUGAUUUAGAUAAUGAUUGUGGUGAUAAUAGUGAUGAAAAUGCAUAUUUUUGUCGUAAUCGACCUUGUCGUGUUGAUCAAGUUCGUUGUCCAAAUUCAUAUAAAUGUAUUUCACAAAUGGCACGUUGUAAUGGAUAUAAUGAUUGUGGUGAUAAUAGUGAUGAAAAUCUAAAUCAAUGUCCAUCAUGUAAUAAUGCAAGUCAUUUUCGAUGUAAUAAUGGACAAUGUAUUGUGAGAAGUCUUCAAUGUAAUCAUCGAAAUGAUUGUCGUGAUGGAUCAGAUGAAAAUCCAGCAACAUGUGUCUAUCGUGAAUGUAGUGAAGAUGAAUUUCGAUGUUCUAAUGGUCGAUGUAUUCCACAACGAUGGGUGUGUGAUCAUGAUUAUGAUUGUGGUGGAGGUGAUACAUCGGAUGAAGCUGUUGAUUGUCUUUCUCGACCAUGUCCGAAUGGACGAUUUAAAUGCACAUCUGGUCAUUGUAUAAGUAAUACAAGUCGUUGUGACGGUUAUCCUCAAUGUCGGGAUGGUUCUGAUGAAGCAGGCUGUCCUGGUCGAAAUUGUUCGGAUCAAUUUACUUGUAAUAAUACUCUUUGUAUUUAUCGAGGCUGGGUUUGUGAUGGAGAUAAUGAUUGUCUUGAUAAUAGUGAUGAAGCAAUUGAAUUAUGCCGAACAGUACCUUGUAAUUCAACAAAUCAUUUUCGAUGUACAAAUGGGCGAUGUAUCUAUCGAUGGCGUCUAUGUGAUCAUAUAGAUAAUUGUGGUGAUGGUAGUGAUGAAGAUAUUCAUGGUGUAUGUCGACCAGAUUCACCAGUAACAUGUCCAGAAUUUCAUUGUACUCAUACAAAUCGUUGUGUACGAUAUGUAGAUUUAUGUGAUGAAUUUGAUGAUUGUGGUGAUGAAUCAGAUGAAUUAUUAUGUAAUCGUACUACAACAAUAACAUGUGAUAAUCGAACAAAUCAUUGUGAUCAACGAUGUCAUAAUUUACCAAAUGGGCGAGGAAUUGUUUGUUCAUGUUAUACAGGUUAUAAAUAUAAUAGAGAAUCAUAUAAAUGUGAAGAUAUAAAUGAAUGUGAAAAUGUUACUUUAAAUUAUUGUUCACAAAUAUGUGUUAAUACAAAAGGUAGUUUUCGAUGUGAAUGUGCAGCUGGUUUUCAACCAAGUGCAGUUAAUAGAUCGGAUUGUCAUCCAGGAGAUCAAACAAUUGAUCUUCUAAUAUCUGAACCUGAUGAAAUUCGUCGACUUCGUCGAAAUCCAAUAGAAGAUGCAUCACGUUAUGGUGUACUUGUUGAAGAUCAACAUGAUGCUAGUUUUAUUUCUAUUGAUAUAAAUAAUCGUAUAUUCUAUUGGAUAGAUGAAGCUACAUCAGAAAUUUAUCGUGCACAUCUUACACCAAAUACAAUAUCAAUAGUACUUCCACAAGCACUUUUAAAUGAAGAUAAUAAUCAUUUAAUAAUUCCAAGUAGUAUUGAUAUUGAUUGGAUUGGUCAAAAUCUUUAUGUUACUGAUCUUAUUCAUGGUUGUAUAUGGGUUUUAAAAAAUGAUGGACGUUAUGCAACUAAAUUAAUAACAAAUAUUGAAUCACCAUGGGUUAUUACUGUUAAUCCAAUACUUGGAAUACUUUAUUUUAUUAAUUAUGAACAUGGACCUAUGAAUAAUUCUAAUGAACGUAUUGUUGCUAUUGAAUCAGCUUAUAUGAAUGGUGAAAAUCGUACAAUAUUAGUUGAUACUGAUAUAGUAUAUCCAACAGAUUUAGUUAUUGAUUUUUAUCAAAAUUAUCGUGUUUAUUGGACAGAUGAAAAAAAAGAAUCAAUUGAAUCAAUGAAUUAUGAUGGAACAGAUCGUACUAUAAUAGCACAUAUUGGUAUACAUGCACCACAUUCAUUAGAUAUAUUUGGAAGUCAUUUAUAUUGGAUUAAUCGUGAUAAUCGUUCGUUAUAUACAAUUGAAAAAUUUGGACGCGGAUUAUCAACACUUGUCAUUGAUAAAUUAGAAUUACCUCUAUUCGUAAGAAUUUAUCAUCCAUUAAAACAAAUUCAAUCAGUAUCAAAUUCAUGUGCAAUAGCUAAUUGUUCACAUUUAUGUGUUUUAAAACCAAUAAAGCAAUAUGAAUGUUUAUGUCCACUUAAUACAACAAUGCAAGUAAAUGGUCGAACAUGUAAUGCACCAACUGUUGAUCCACCUGGAAAUCCUGUAGAAUGUAAUUGUUUAAAUGGUAAAUGUGUUUAUCAUGUUGACACAAAUUCUGGUCAUCAACUAGCUGGUUGUCUUUGUUUUCGAGGUUAUACAGGUGAAACAUGUACUCCACCUCCACCUCUAGCUCCACAUGCUUCAAAUCGAUGGAUAUUUAUUAUCAUUGUAUCAGUUAGUUUAUUAUUAAUUGGUAUUCUUACAUUUAGUUUAAUUCAAUUGAAACGUAAAGGAAAAUUACAAUCGAUUCCAACUCCACAAUUGCCACGAAAUAUUCAAACAAUAAUGAAUAAUAUGCGUAAUUUUAUUACACGUUCAACAGAUAAUAUAAAUACAGUUCGAUUUCGAACUGCUCGAUCUACUACGACAAGAGACCAGACAACAACUGAAUCACCAGCAGUAUUUCCUAAUCCAAUGUAUGGUGCAAUAGCAACAGCAUCUAAUCAACCAGCUCGAUUGGCGACAUCAUCUGACGAACCGGCUAAAUUAAAUAUUGAAGUUCAACAGCCUCCAUCAAAACCAAGUCGAAAAGCUACUCCUGCAUCUCCUCUUCGUCAACAAGUACAUUUUGAUCCUCAAAGCAAAGAAACUGAUCAUGAUAAAGCUAAUUUGGUUGUACGAAGUGGUAGCAGCGAUGCAUAA